AGAUCAAAAUUUUCGACAGAACCUGACAGCUGACAUUUGAAACGAGUUCAAAUUCAAAUCGAUCAAUACACGAAAUAUAAAAAAUAAUGCAAAUAUUAAUAAUAGCAACAAUGUAAUUCGAUAUCUCUGCUUUUUUACAUAAAUUUCAUACCUUUAAAACUCAUUAUGAAGAUAACCGCUGGUCGUUACACCUUUAUCCUAACACUACAAACAUUAUUGCUCGUAGUAGAUUGGAAUAUCAAUAUUUUCGCGUUAUUGAGUAGACAAAGCAAUGCUUUAAUGUUAAUAUUAUUUAUAGUUCAAGAUGCAUGUUUAAUAACUUCACUCACCCUCCUGUUAAUUACAUUCUUUUCUACAUACGUUUUUCAGACUGGCCUGGUUUAUAUUCUAUAUGAAAGAUUUAGAACGACGCUGAUAAUAUGCAUGUUCUAUUUUAUUUUAACAACCAUACUCCAUAUAUGGUCGCUUAUUUCGAGAUGGAACAAUUUCCGCCAUAGUUGGAGCACAGGAUUUUCAGUUUUCUUCAUCCUUCAAAGGCUCAGAACCAUCUAUUAUUAUUACUACAAAAGAUCUUCGUUACGUAUCAGCGACCCAAGAUUCUACGAAGAUACAGACAUGGAAUCAAGCAGGUUAAAUGCUCAAGUGGUCCAAAAUUAAAACAACCAUCUACCGAAAUAAAUAUGUACUUUUAAACAAUUACAAAUAUUAAAAGUUUAACAAAAAA